AUGAUGUGCGAGGUGAUGCCGACCAUCAGCGAGGGAGACUCGGCUGGUCCUCCGAGAGGCACCGGCGGUGUCCCGAAUGGCUCGGACCAGGAGGCCAACUUCGAGCAGCUGAUGGUCAACAUGCUGGACGAGAGGGACAAGCUGCUGGAGUCCCUCAGGGAGACUCAGGAGACCCUCAUUCAGUCUCAGACUAAGCUGCAGGGGGCGCUGCACGAGAGGGACGUUCUCCAGCGGCAGAUCAACGCCGCGCUGCCUCAGGAGUUUGCCACCCUGACGAAAGAGCUGAACAUAUGCCGGGAGCAGCUGCUGGAGAAAGAGGAGGAAAUAUCUGAGCUGAAAGCUGAAAGGAACAACACCAGGCUGCUGUUGGAGCACCUGGAGUGUCUGGUGUCUCGUCACGAACGCAGUCUGAGGAUGACAGUGGUGAAAAGACAGGCACCCCCGCCAUCUGGAGUCUCCAGCGAAGUGGAGGUCCUCAAAGCUCUGAAGUCGCUGUUUGAACACCACAAGGCUUUGGAUGAAAAGGUGCGUGAGCGGCUUCGUGUGGCUCUGGAGAGGGUGGCCACCCUGGAGGGACAGCUAGCAGCUACGACACAAGAGUUGAACAUGGUGAGACAAAGGAAGGAUGGUGACUCAGUGGAGCGAACAGAUGGAUCCAAACCUACAUGGAAGAGACUGCCCAAUGGUUCCAUAGACGCUCACGAUGAUGGCAGCCGGGUGUCCGAACUUCAGGAGCUGCUGGACCGAACCAAUAAGGAGCUGACCCAGAGCCGAGAGCACUCUGCCAAUCUAAACGCCCGCGUGGCCGAGCUCGAGGCAGAGCUUGCAAACGCACGCCGAGAACUGAGCCGCAGCGAGGAGCUGUCAAUCAAACAACAGAGGGAACAGAGAGAGUCACUGGUUACAAAAGAGGAUAUGGAGGAGAGAAUAACAACAUUAGAGAAACGCUACUUGGCUGCCCAGCGGGAGACCACACACAUCCACGACCUCAACGACAAGCUGGAGAAUGAACUGGCCACCAAGGACUCCCUGCACAGACAGAGCGAAGAGAAGGUGCGCCAGCUGCAGGAGAUGCUGGAGAUGGCAGAGCAGAGACUGGCUCAGACCAUGAGGAAGGCUGAGACUCUGCCAGAGGUGGAAGCUGAACUGGCACAGAGAGUGGCAGCCCUCUCCAAGGCUGAGGAGCGCCAUGGCAACGUGGAGGAGCGGCUGAGACAGCUGGAAUCACAACUGGAGGAGAAGAACCAAGAGCUAGGAAGGGCUCGUCAGAGGGAGAAAAUGAACGAGGAGCACAACAAGCGUUUAUCUGACACUGUGGAUCGUCUGCUCACUGAGUCCAAUGAAAGACUGCAGCUCCAUUUGAAAGAACGCAUGGCUGCCCUGGAGGACAAGAACUCCCUUAUUCAGGACCUCGAGAACUGCCAGAAGCAGCUUGAAGAAUUUCACCACACCAGGGAACGGCUGAUUGGAGAGAUUGAGAAGCUGAGAAAUGAGAUUGACCAUUUGAAACGCCGCAGUGGGGUGUUUGGCGAUGGAACUCACCCUCGGUCUCACCUGGGUAGCUCCAGCGACCUUCGCUUCUCUGUGGUGGAGGGCCAAGAUGGCCACUACAGCACAACUGUGAUUAGGCGCGCACAGAAGGGCAGACUUUCAGCGCUACGAGACGACCCAAACAAGGACUACCCAUCUCUGCGUGGCAGCGUCAGCCACCUCCUCGGCAGCGACAUCGAGGCAGAGUCAGACCUGGAUGACGACGUUAGUUCUGCCCUGCUUUCCCCCAGCGGCCAAUCAGACGCUCAGACUCUCGCGCUCAUGCUGCAGGAGCAGCUUGACGCUAUCAAUGAGGAGAUAAGGAUGAUCCAGGUGGAGAGAGAGUCAGCAGACCUGCGCUCUGAUGAGAUCGAGUCCCGUGUGAACAGCGGCAGCAUGGACGGACUCAAUGUGACACUUCGACCCCGAGCACUGCCCACCUCCGCUACUGCCCAGUCCCUCGCAUCAUCCUCCUCCCCGCCCACCAGUGGCCACUCCACACCUAAACACCAUGCACGCAACGCCAGCCACCAUCUAGGCAUCAUGACUCUGCCAAGUGACUUGAGGAAACAUCGCAGGAAAGUAGCGUCUCCAGUGGAGGUGGACAAAGCUACUAUUAAGUGUGAGACGUCGCCUCCCUCUUCCCCCCGCAGUUUACGGCUGGAAACCAAUUUCGCCCAAUUCACAGGCAGUCUGGAGGAUGGUCGAGGCAAGCAGAAGAAAGGCAUCAAGUCAUCUAUUGGCCGAUUGUUUGGCAAGAAAGAGAAGGGUCGAAUGGACCAGACAGUGGGCAGGGAUGGACAGCCCCUACCGGCCUUAUCAGACUUUGAGAUGGGCAUCGGUGACACUAUGACUCUGGGAAAACUUGGCACUCAGGCUGAAAGGGACCGCAGGAUGAAGAAAAAACAUGAGCUUCUAGAAGAUGCCAGAAAAAGAGGUCUGCCAUUUGCCCAGUGGGAUGGCCCUACUGUCGUCUCCUGGCUAGAGCUGUGGGUGGGUAUGCCAGCCUGGUAUGUGGCAGCCUGUCGUGCCAACGUGAAGAGCGGAGCCAUCAUGUCAGCUCUGUCAGACACGGAGAUCCAGAGGGAGAUUGGCAUCAGCAAUCCUCUGCACCGACUCAAACUCCGCUUGGCCAUCCAGGAGAUGGUCUCCCUCACCAGCCCCUCAGCACCACUCACCUCCAGAACGUCCUCCGGAAAUGUGUGGGUGACUCAUGAAGAGAUGGAGAACCUGGCUUCCUCCACUAAAGCGGAGAAUGAGGAGGGCAGCUGGGCACAGACUCUGGCGUACGGAGACAUGAAUCAUGAGUGGAUAGGGAAUGAGUGGCUGCCCAGUCUCGGUCUGCCUCAGUACCGCUCCUACUUCAUGGAGUGUCUGGUGGACGCACGGAUGUUGGACCACCUGACCAAGAAGGACCUGAGGAGCCACCUCAAAAUGGUGGACAGCUUCCAUAGGGCUAGUCUGCAGUAUGGGAUUAUGUGCUUGAAGAGACUCAAUUACGACAGGAAAGACCUGGAGCGCCGAAGAGAGGACAGCCAACACGACAUGAAAGAUGUGUUGGUGUGGACCAAUGAGCAGGUGAUCCACUGGGUCCAGUCCAUUGGUCUGAGGGAGUAUAGCGGCAACCUGUUGGAGAGUGGCGUUCACGGGGCGCUCAUUGCUCUGGACGAGACCUUCGACUACAGCAGCCUAGCGCUCAUCCUGCAGAUCCCUAUGCAGAACACACAGGCACGGCAGGUCCUGGAGAGGGAGUUCAACAACCUGUUAGCGUUGGGGACCGACCGUCGACUAGAGGAGAGCGGAGAUGACAAGUCUUUUCGACGCUCUCCAUCAUGGCGAAAGAGGUUUCGGGCACGUGAGGGGGGGGCGGGGCUGGGGAUGAUGGCAGGCUCCAUGGAAACACUGCCUGCCGGCUUCCGUAUGCCCUCCAUGUCCAUGCCGCCCUCUGUGAAUUUGGUGCCCAAGAAACAGCUCCAGCCUGAAGUUCAUUCUCAUUACCUAUACGGACACAUGCUUGCGGCCUUCUGAGAGUGAUAUGCCAAAUCUGGAGAGGAAGACCUGGGUGCCACAACAGUCUUCACCCCUGUUGUUGCUCAGCCUCACCUCCCAACUUUCACCUCUCACCUCUCCUUCGGACACGUGCAAUACAGAGGCCAACUCUGACCUUUGAACUCUUGAGAGUGCUCAUUGGCUGCGCUCGCUGCUGUAAAGGAGACUCAUCCCAGUCUCUCCCAGUUUACCCCAGUGCUCCCAGUAGCCUUGUUGUUGUGGUGUUGUGCUCCUGCUCCCCUGGUCUCAGCUGUGGGUUCUUGUCCUGGUUCUAUUAGUCUCAGCAUGGCCAAGUCCAAACCAAUUUGGCUGUCAUC